CUAUAGUCGAUUGCAAUCUUGUUUACGUCACUGCAUUAUUGGGCUUGAGGAAGCGACUGAAAAUUCAUCGAGCUCUCGAACUUUGACAAACACUGACUUUUCUGACUAUUUCAUUGUAUUUAAAUGCAUGCCGUUAAACCAGUUAUUCUCAAUGCAUAUUUGUAGUAAAGUUUAAAGGGUGUGAAUUAGCUCGCCUGCUCUCUGACUGCAUUGAGUUGCUGUCAGCUCACAGCGGCAGUGAAGUGCACACUUAUCGAUCAACAUCAAAAAACCCCUGGAGCUUUUCUAUCGAUCUUCAUUGAUCCGCUGAGAAUAUAUUGAUUGUGAGUGAUGGGGGCCCACAGGAGUGAGGGACGCCGGGAUUGGCUCCAGCAGGAUUUCACUGAGCAGCAAGUUCAGACAGUGAAUCCCUGGAACAUUAUGAUCAAACACAGACAGGUGCAUCGCAGGGGCCGUCGCUCACAGAUGACGGUUAGUUAUACAGAUCCUGUCAUUUCCAUGGAUCUUCUGCGGACCGUUCUGCAGCCCAGCUUCAAUGAAGACAUCCGUGCUGUGUUCAGAAAGUAUAUGAAGUUUUUUGAGAAGGCAGCCAGUAAUGUGAAAGAGAAUGUUGGGGGAGACGUGCAGCCCGAUCAGCUUAUCAGAGAUGCUUGCAGAAACUGCCUAGAACAUGCAAAGCAGCUCUUUCCUGAUGCAGAGAAAACUGCUCCGAAACCUAGUGUUGACACCACAGUGAAGCGUUCACGGCAGCCAGAUGACACCUCUGGCCAGAGAGACAGCCCCAUCCCUAAAAAGAGGAAAGGUCGUCCUCCUGGUCCAGUUGUACAGUACGACAGAUCAGCCCCGUACAGCGCUCCAACGAAAAUCAAAGUAACCGAGCCAAUAAAGAGAGAAGGACCUAAGUGGGACCCAUCCAGACUGAAUGAGAACAGCACAUUCGUUCUGGGAUCCAGGGCAAAUAAGGCUUUGGGAAUGGGCGGUACAAGAGGAAGAAUCUACAUCAAACACGCAGAGCUCUUCAAGUAUGCUGCUGACGCUCAGGACAAACACUGGCUUUCAGAAAGACAACACAUGAGAGCCACAGGUGGAAAGAUGGCCUAUCUUCUUAUAGAAGAGGAUAUUCUUGAUCUUGCCCGGAGUGACGACUACAAGGACUGUCCUGAUUUGAAGCUGGAUGAAUUGAAACCAUUUCUAGUGCCCAUUUGGAUGGUGGAGAAGAUGCAGAAGGCAAUGGACGCGCAGAAAACAGAAAAUGAUCUCGCCGUUUAAUGCCAACCUCGCCAGGCAAGUCGUUGGACCACGGACACUCUUCAGUGUUAUCAAUUUCGCAUAACUGUAAUUUUUUUUUAUUUGUUUGCCCAUGUUCACAGUAGACCCAGGCAUUAUGAUCAAGUUGCCCAGGAAUUGUUGUGUUGGAGGUUUAUUUGGCAAAUCAGAUUUCCACAUUUCAUUUCAUGGUACAGAUCUGAUUCCUUUUUUUUUUUUUCUAUCAAAAAAUGUGUGCUUUUUCAUGACUUUGUAUUUAAAGAAUUGAAUCUAAAGAGGCAGAUAUAGAGCCUUAAUGAAUUUUUAAAUUUUGUGGUUAAUGUUUGUUUUGUAUGUGUAUGUGUUUUUUCCUGAUCAUUUAUCAUAUUUUUUUUUUUUAACAAAUGAAUUUUAUGAAUUUGUCAUAUUGCUUGUCAUAUCUGCUUUAAAAGGGAAUGUAUUUAGUCAUUUUCAUUUUCUCCCCUUAUUUGCUUUUUAAAUAUACAGCUUUAUUCUAAAGAACAAAAACAAAAUAGCUACUUCCUCUAGCAGCAUAAUUAUAUAGUGAGCCGUGAUAUUUUUACCUUAGUUUCUUUUGUAAUCUUGAAUAUUUUUUACAAAAAUGAAAUAAAAAAAUAACAUUUGACUGAUUUUCUGGCAUGUUAAAAAGGGGGGAGGGGUAUUUAAAUUAUUUUCUAAAUGAAUUUCAUACCUGUUACAUACCUGUAAUAUAACUGAAAAUGUAGAACGGUUUAUUAUUGUAUGUAAAUGUAUUUACCAAUAAACGUUUUGUGCUAAA